CCCCAAAACAGCUGGUCCAGGAGGACCCCAGACCCCAAAGCCGCUGGUCCAGAACCCCAGACCCCAAAGCUGCUGGUCCAGGAAGACCCCGCACCCCAAUCCCCGGGGCCAUGGACGAAUCUCCGGCGCUGUCGGCGGAGCUGGAGCACCUCAACGCCUCCCAGAACGAGUCGUGGGCCAACCCCUUCGUGCAGGCGCCGUGGCAGGUGGCCCUGUGGGCCGCGGCCUACGCCCUCAUCGUGGUGGUGGCCGUGGUGGGCAACGCCGUGGUGAUGUGGAUCGUGCUGGCCCACAAGAGGAUGCGCACGGUCACCAAUUACCUGCUGGUCAACCUGGCCUUCGCCGAGGCCUCCAUGGCCGCGCUCAACACCGUGGUGAACUUCAGCUACGCCGUGCACAACGAGUGGUACUUCGGCCACGCCUACUGCCGCUUCCACAACUUCUUCCCCAUCGCCGCCGUCUUCGCCAGCAUCUACUCCAUGACGGCCAUCGCGCUGGACAGGUCAGGGGGCAGCGGGCAGGGGACAGCUCUGGCCAGAGCUCAGGGACAGGUCAGGGCUCAGGGGUCAGGGGUCAGUGGUCAGCAGUGGCCAGAGCCCAGGGACAGGUCAGUGGUCAGGGGUCAGUGGUCAGCAGUGGUUGGAGCCCAGGGACAGGUCAGUGGUCAGUGGUCAGCAGUCAGUGGUCAGCAGUGGCCGGAGCCCAAGGACAGGGCAGUGACCAUGGCCAGGGGUCAGCAGUGGCCGGAGCCCAGGGACAGGGCAGUGACCGGGUCACUCCUGCCCAGCUCCCAGACCCCCAAAUCCCAGAUCCUCAAAUCCCAGAUCCCCCAAAUCCCAGAUCCCCCAAAUCCCAGAUUCCAAAUCCCCCAAUCCCAGAUCCCCAAUCCCAGAUCCCCCAAAUCCCAGACCCCCAAUCCCAGAUCCCCAAUCCCAAAUCCCCAAAUUCCAGAUCCCCCAAUCCCAGAUCCCCAAUCCCAGAUCCCCCAAAUCCCAAAUCCCCAAAUCCCAGAUCCCCAAUCUUUUUUUGCUCCGUUUUUCUUUUCCAGGUACCACUUUUCCAUGACGGUGCUGCUGUACCUGCUGCCGCUGCUGGUGAUCGGCUGCGCCUACGCCGCCGUCGGCCGCACGCUCUGGGCCAGCGCCAUCCCCGGAGACUCCUCCGACCGCUACCACGAGCAGGUGUCGGCCAAGAGGAAGGUGGUGAAGAUGAUGAUCGUGGUGGUGUGCACCUUCGCGCUCUGCUGGUUGCCCUACCACGUCUACUUCACGCUGCAGUACCUGAGGCCCGAGUGGUACCUGAGAAGGUCCAUCCAGCAGCUCUACCUGGCCGUCAUGUGGUUGGCCAUGAGCUCCACCAUGUACAACCCCAUCAUCUACUGCUGCCUCAACGACAGAUUCCGGCUGGGAUUCAAGCACGCCUUCCGCUGGUGCCCGUGCGUCAGCGCCGGCGACUACGAGGGGCUGGAGCUGCGCUCGGCGCGUUUCCUGCACACGCACGGCUCCGUGUCCAAGCUCAGCCGCACCGACACCGCCACUGUGGCCUCGGCACUAGGCGCGGCCGACGAGGAGCCGGACGAGCCGGGCCGGGCCGAGCGCCUCUCCCUGGACGUCACCUCCAACGGUUCCUCCCGCAGCGAUUCCAAGACGGUCUCCGAGAGCUUCAGCUUCUACUCCAACACCCCGACCUAGGGGUGUCCCCUCGGCGUCACCGCGCCGGCGUUUCCCGCGCUGCUUUCCUGUCUCUCGUCCUUGGGAUCGGUUCCGUGGUGGGGACAGGCACCGGGAAUGUUUUCGCUGCCUGGUUGGAGAUGGAGGGGAGGCAGGAAUGGGACAAAGCCGGGUUUUUCUCCGGAAUUCCAAUGCUGGCCGGCGUUUCCGUGCUCUCUGCGGGGCAGGAGAACCUCCAGAGGAUCUCCUGGUGCAUCCCACCCCAUGGAAAACAAUUCCCUCCUCCCGUCCUUCGUUCCCUUCUCCCUGUUGGAUAUCCAGGGGGUUCCUGAAUCCCAAAAUGGCUUUUUCCAGCUCCAUGGGGAAUCGUCGGACACGGCGCAGAUCCAGAACUUCCUGCAUGGCCUUGGAUCAUCUCUGGUGUCCACAUCUGCUGCUCCUGGUCUUCUGCUGUCGCUCCGAACCCGCUCAUCGGAGAGGAGAUUCCCAAGGGAUCUCCUGAAGGGUUUCACAAAUGACCUCCUGAAGUGUCUUCAGGGAUCUCCAAAGGAUCUCCCCAAGGAUCUCCUGAAGGGUCUCCAAAAGAUCUCCUGAGGAUCUCCUGAAGGGUCUCCCCAAGGAACUCCUGAAGGGUCUCCUGAAGGGUCUCCUGAAGGGUUUUCAGGGAUCUCCAAAGGAUCUCCCCAAGGAUCUCCUGAAGGGUCUCCUGAAGGAUCUCCAGAGGAACUCCUGAAGGAUCUCCUGAAGGAUCUCCAAAGGAUCUCCCCAAGGAUCUCCUGAAGGUCUCCAGAGGAUCUCCUGAAGAAUCUCCCCAAGGAUCUCCUGAAGGGUUUCCAGAGGAUCUCCUGAAGGAUCUCCUGAAGGGUCUCCAAAGGAUCUCCUGAAGGAUCUCCUGAAGGGUCUCCAGAGGAUCUCUGAGCUGAGCUGGGCUUUAGCUGCUGUUCCUCAAGCGUCCCAAGGAAUUCCUGUGAUUCCCUGGAAAUCCAAGGUGACGCCUCUUGGAUGGACUCUGGACCAUGGAGCUCUGGAAAAGGGGAGACCACCCUGAAGUGAUUCCCACCCCCUGGGAAUAGAUUCCAUCCCAAAAACGAGGAUUGGAGGGAGCUCGGGAAUUCUCCAGAGCCGCUUUCACCCCCAGGGUUCGGAGGAUUCCCUUCCACCUCCUGCGUUUUGUUUUAAUCAGGGAAUUUUUAUUUUUCCUUUGCAAAAUCCACGAGGUUCCCGACGUGUGCACGGAUUCAUGGAAUGUUCCCGUUCUCAUGGAUGGUUUUCCCUGGAUUCCUCCAGAGGAUGAACACACACCCAGAGUGAGGAGAACACGAAAUUCCAAGCGGAUAAACUCGGAACAAAUCCACAAAUUUGGGGACAAUCUGGGGUGGAAUUGGUUCCCAAGUUCUCAUUUGGGCUGUGGAAAUUUGGCUCCUGAAUGGAUUCACUGGAACGCUGGAGAAAUGUCCCGGUCCCUGCUCCAUUCCCAUCUCCUGGCUGGCUGAAUCCAGAGGUUUUUCCAGGUUUUUUAGGCAGAUCUCAAAUCAGAGAUUCAGUUCCCAAACCGGGAAGUUCCUUUGCCUCUUCCCUGGGACCCGCGAGGAAAAUCAGCGGAAUCUGCCGGGAAUUCCCCGGAGCUCUGCUCCCACCACCCGGAAAACUCCCUCAUCCCAAACACCAGAUCCCAAAUCCCAGCCUGGAGCCACUUCCCGACCCCAAAACUUUGGUUUUAACCUCAGCUUUGUGUCCUGAAAUGCAGAAAUUCCCGUCCCCACUGAACGGGAGCAGCAAAUUCCAAACCCACCCUCGGGAUCUGCUCCAAAAUCCGUCCCUAAAUCCACCCUCUACCCCCCACCCCACGUGGGACCGUCCCUCCCCCAGCACCAACCCCUGGAUUCGGGAAUCUGGUUGGAUUUUGGGAAUUUUGCUGGAUUUUUCAGGGAUUUUACUGGAUUUUUGGGAUUCAAACAGGCCUGGCCCUGCUUGGCAGCAAAACCCCGGCGCCUUUGGAAGUCACAGCCAAGGAUCCGGCGGUGCCUUUGGAAGCCGAAGCCAAGGAUCCAUCUGGGAGCAAUUCCCAUUGUUCUGAGCAUUUUUUUCUGGGAUUGCCGUGGAUAUCAGGCCUGUCCCGCCCAUCCUUGGCUUUAUUGUUGUUUUUAUUUCCUGUCCCUCGAGCAGGAUCCGUUGUUUACGGAGCGUUUCCCACUUGGAAUGACGAGGUUUGGGUUUUUUGGGAUUUCCGUGUCCUUGCCAGAGCCCUGGGGUGAGGUCACGGAGCUUGGCCCGGGAGCUCCCGGUGUUUAUUUUCCAUUAAAAUCAUCAGUAUCCAUAAAAAUUCCAAUUUUCAGCCUUCAGGAGCCACCACGGGCACUUCCAGACUUCCCCAUUCCGGGAUUUUGGGAUUUACUCGUCUCACCCUGCCCCAAAAUUCUGUGUCCAGCUGAAAAAUGGACACAAUCGUUCUAUUAGCAUGGGAAACCCCCUUUUCCUUGGAAUAUCCACCCCAAAUCCCAUUCCUGUGGAAUAUCCAUCCCAAAUCCCAUUCCUGCUGGAACAUCCACCCCAAAUUUUGUUUCCACUGGAAUAUCCUUCCCUAAAUCCCAUCCCUGUGGAAAGUCCACUCCCAAAUUCCAUCCCUGUGGAAUAUCCAGCUGAAAUCUCAUCCCUGUGGAAUAUCCACUCCCCAAUCCCAUCCCUGUGGAAUAUCCACUCCCAAAUCCCAUCCCUGUGGAAUAUCCACCCCAAAUCCCAUCCCUGUGGAAUAUCCAGCUGAAAUCCCAUCCCGGUGGAAUAUCCACUCCCAAAUCCCAUUCCUGUGAAAUAUUCACUCCCAAAUCCCAUCCCUGUUUAAUAUCCACCCCCAAAUCCCAUUUCUGUGACUCCGACAUCCCUGGGGAAUUUGGGAUUUUGGGAUGGCGGCGGCUGGAAGGAGCUUUCUGGAAAGUUCUUCCCAUGGGAGCAUCCCAAGAGAUCCAGCCGACCUUCCCAAAGCGUCUCGGGAUUGUCCCACUGUGGAUUUUCAUGGAUAAAUAUUCCUUUGAUGUG